AUGGAGAAUGGAGAAAAUUACCAUUCUUCUUCUUCUUCAUUAGCGAAUCAAUACUCCGCAAUACCGUCUCGUCCCGGUACUGCAGCAGAAAGAAAAGCUGGAGGGUGGAAAUCCAUCAAAUACAUUCUUGGAAACGAGUCGUUCGAGAAAUUGGCUUCAAUGAGCUUGAUAGCAAAUAUAACAGUGUAUUUGAGCACGAAAUACAAUUUGAGUGGAAUAUUUUUGGUGACGGUGGCAAAUGUGUGGAGUGGAUUUUCCAAUAUUUCAUCUUUGGCUGGUGCUUUUGUCUCUGAUGCAUACUUGGGAAAGUUCUACACUCUCCUUUUCGGCGCCAUUGCUUCUCUCCUGGGUAUGGGGAUCAUGACUCUAACUGCAGGCAUAAGUUCCUUAAGACCCCUCUCCUGGAACCAAAAUUCUGAAACCGAACGCUCGCACGUGCCGCAGAGUUGGCAGCUGGGAAUCCUCUUCUCAGGCCUUGGCCUGCUGUCCAUAGGAGCAGGCGGAAUUAGGCCCUGCAACAUUGCAUUCGGUGCCGACCAAUUCGACACAAGGACGGAGAAAGGGAGGGCUCAAUUGGAGAGCUUCUUCAACUGGUGGUACUUCACUUUCACCGUUGCCCUAAUUGUGGCCCUCACUGGUGUUGUGUACAUCCAGACCAAUGUCAGCUGGGCCCUAGGAUUCGCAAUCCCCACCGCCUGCCUCGCCUUCUCCAUCGCCAUUUUCCUGCUCGGCCGCCACACCUACAUCAACAUAGAGCCCCAAGGCAGUGUCUUCUCAGACAUGUUGAAGGUGAUCACAGCAGCCUGCCGAAAACGCGGAAUUAGGAUGGAUGGGCCUGAUUUUUAUGAUCCUCCGGUGACCGAGGCCGAGCAGAAACUCCCUCGCACCGACAGGUUUCGGUGUCUUGACAAGGCUGCUGUGAUCACAAGCCAUGAUGAGCUGACCAGCCAAGGAUCGGCCAAGAAUGGAUGGGGGCUAUGUAGCGUGCAACAAGUUGAGCAAUUGAAGUGCUUAAUCGCAGUUUUGCCGGUUGGGAUUUCUGGAGUUGUUGCCCUAAUGACAAUGGACCAAAACAACACAUUUGGAAUUCUCCAAGCAAUGCAAAUGGACAGGUCCAUUGGGAAAAACCACUUCAUGUUCCCACCAGGAUGGAUGAACAUUGUGUCAAUGGUUGCACUCUCCAUAUGGAUCUACGUCUACGAGCGGAUUUACCUACUGCAGGCGCGGAAAAUAACCGGUUCGUCAAGCGACAAGAGGUUGUCAAUGAGGCAGAGAAUUAGGGUUGGGAUUGUCAUGUCAAUAUUCGCCAUGAUAGUAUCCGGUUUCGUCGAGAUUCACCGCAGAAACAUGGCAUUGAAGCAAGAGUCCUUCAUUUCACCAGCAAGUGUUUUUUGGCUAAUUCCGCAGUUCUCCUUGUCCGGCUUGACCGAGGCUUUUGCUGCUGUGGCCAUAAUGGAGUUUCUCACCAUGCAAUUGGGAGAGAAUAUGAGGACUGUUGCUGGGGCAAUCUUUUUUCUUUGCCUCUCAAUUGCAAGUUAUGUGGGGUCCAUUGUGGUGAAUGUCGUACACUCAGUAACAGGAAAGAGUGGCAAAUUCCCUUGGUUGGGAGGUCAUGACCUUAACAAGAACAGGCUUGAUUACUACUACUUCUUCUUGGCUGCUUUGGCGGGUCUAAAUCUAAUGUAUUUCCAGUUCUUUGCUAGUCAUUUUGUGCUAAAUAGUCCUCAAGAUAGUCAUGACACAAGAGAGGAUAAUCAUGAUUUUGCUACUUUCCAUUGAAGAAAUCCAUCUGAAUGGGGGGGAAAAAAGAGAAGAAAAUAGAGCUGAGGAAAAAGGCUGGGCAAUACCAUAUAGACAUAUGUAUAACUGCCUAGCUAACAGAGAUACCGGUAAAUCCCAUCAACAGAAGAGG